AUGCUGAACAUCAUCGACUUGGCUCUCAAUGACCCUUCUAUCUCGAAGUGGAUCAAAUGGGUGGUAGCCCUUCUCCUCCUCAAGGCUCCCAGAGCCCCAGUGUGGGCGGCAUUCCUCUCCUUGAACCGCUUGUACAGAGAUAUUACUCUGUCUCAAGCUGGUGGUAACGCAUUGAGUGCUGCAACCUUGCUCGCUGCCACUUUUGACAACGAUUACUCGCCCAAUGACUACUUUACCGUGUUUGCGGCGCUGGCGUUUGCUCCCAAAAUCCCCAAGUUGGCAUUUCCCAUCAUCUUUGGUACAUUGUUGUCUCAGUUCCUUCUGCCGGGCAGCUUGGUUCCUCCCUCCAUCAACAAGUACUUCAUGGAGCCACUUUGGUUAAACUUCACCAUGUCGCCGUAUGUGCAGCGUAUAGACCUCAAUGGUCUUGCUCAAACUUACGUCAAAAUUAACGUGGCGCUUGCUGCCGUCACCUCGGUGUUUGACUUCAAGAAAAUCAAACAGCACAUCGACUCCGGCUUCGGUGCCACUCAAGCUGGCUUGUUUGUGUUCCAUCGCAGUAAUUCAUUGACGAACUUGAUCGUCUUCCCCAACCUCUUUGCGUUUUUCCUCUUGGGAUCGCUGAAAAACUUUGCCCACUACUUCCCCAACCGUAAGUGGUACAUUGGGGCCGUCGGGGCGCUUUCGGCUUGGCUCACGCUCAAGAUUGCCGACUGGGGUGUGUUAAACCCCCUCGGUUACAACGGUCCCGAGAGAGAUGUUCGCAAGUACCUGCCUCAAUUGAUGGAACGCAUCAACCUGUACUUGCUUCGUUUGAUGAUUGUCACCAAGUGGAGACAAUGGAAGUCGGGCCACCCUGUCGUUGAUCAACUCCGCAUCAACCGCGGCGAGCUGGUGGUAUUGCUGGCGCUUGUGUGGUAUUUGUUCAACGCUUAUGAUGACGCCAAGGGUCGCUUGGAUGACCGGGCCCAAAAGAUCCGCGCCAACGACAUGUUCAAGUUGGUAGGUAAGUUGAAAAACUAA